GAUGGGCUAGAUGCCACACACCAUUCGCCUAAAGGUUGCAAAGGUUGAAAGUUUGAUUUCCGUUCUUUUUCUCCUUCUUCUUCUUGGAGCUUUUUUUCUCCUCUGCUUGGAUACUGCUGACUUAGGCAUUGGAUAUGUGCACACAGGAUGAUGACAACCCCUUUCCUCCCCGAAGAAGUAAAAUAAAAUAGGCUUUCGCACACACUGGAUUUACUCCUGUCGUUCCAUAUGAAGAAGCCAAAAAUUUGGAUACGCGUCUGUGUCCAUUUACUGCUGUUCAUCACGCUUGGGGUACAUUCAAGUAAAUUUGACGUCAACCCAGUGACAGAUGACAUCUCGAGACUCUCUCUUUUGAGACAAAAUAUUCCUAAAGAUUACAAAAUUCCUGUGCACUACGUUCCAAAGGAAGAGGCAGGGAUGUGUUGGGUGAAAUUAAACGUCUUCUACUUGGAGGAGAGUUUACAAGAUUUAGCACACAAGUUUGGAAACAUUUCAUCGAACAGAAAAGAUAUUAGCAUAUUCAUCCAAAUGCUCCAAGAACUGCGGCUCAACAUGGGGUCUGUGGAGCCGGUCAUGUAUGAUUUCGAGUGCCAUUACAGGAGAGAGAGGUGGCAGACGGUGCGAUACUUUGACUUUGUCAAAGACUUCCUUAUAGCUGCACAGAAUAAAGAAGAUUCAGAUGACUGUGACCCUCCUCCCUGUCCCACGUCACCAUACACGACGACAGAACAAUAUUUAAAAGAAUCACCACCGUCAAGCAGUAAAGGCUCAGAGUGUGAAACAGGCUGCACACCACAUCUUGCUCCGGGCCCCCAGACUGAGCUGUUGGAGCGAAGCCUUCUCUCCUUACUGCUCAUUCCACUCCUAGCUCUCGUAUUCCUGCUUGUGUGGAAGGUCCGGUCACGGAGGAACCAGGGGGAUCAUCAACAGAGCCCUGAAGAAGGUGGACUCUUCACAGGAACCACGGCGACUGCACCUCCACUAGAUGCUGAAAAAUCUGAAAAAAACAAGUUGAACGUCAUUGAAAUAGUGUAACGCUUCUACCCUCGGAGGUUCUUCGGCGUAGUCGGGCUCUACUCUUUUCUCCCGUUGGUGUCCAGAGGUGAUGAAAGAAACAAACAUGAAGCUGAUUCCAUAGAUCUCAAAGGUAGAAGGCCUGUUUUAGACUGUGCUCCAGUUUGUCGCUGCCAGCUUCUUCUGGAUGAAGCACGUCUGCUACCGUAUGGAUAAGCUUGCCUUUCUUGUAAGACUGCGUUAACCCCCAUGCUUUUGAAAAAGACAGUGAGAUUUUCUCAGUAUGAAACCCUCCGUA